AUGUCCUCACUGACCAUUCAAAUCCCUUCCUCUGAUUUCUCAGGAAGUGACACACAAUCCACACAAUCUAGCCACAAGUCCAACCAUCAAUCCAGCACCACUAGCUUUUCACCUAAGCAACCCAAGGUCAACUUAUCCAGCUCUCCUCCUCCCAGAGCCUUGUAUACACCACGUGCUUAUAACAGAAAAAAGUACCAGGUUGCGCUUGAGCAUAAAAUUACAAUCAGAAGACUUGAGCGUGGCUCGUGUUCUUUGCCGGCCCCUUGUGCAGUGAAACAAGCAGAGAAGCUGUUAAGGCAUGGUCUUGCCACUUUGUCGGACAGCGCAAUCAAGAAGGCCACUUCUCUCAAGUACCUUGGAAGAUCAAGGAGAAAAAAUGUGCAGUCAAUUUUAGUUCAGGGUGAAAAUGAGAUGUUGUUAUCUGUUGCUGAUGCGGAGUUGGACACCUUGAAAGAACAUCUCAACAUAUGUGGGCUUGAGAUGGAGAAAGAGGACAUGGAGGCCUUUCAGGCUCUCCAGGACAGGAAUGCUAUUGAUUUUAAGAGCAUUUCUGAAGAAAUUCAACAGGUGGAAGUCUAUGUGCUGGCUUGUGGUUUGUCUUUAUCUAUGGGUAGUAUGGGUCAUGGCAUUCCUAUGGAGGAUCUCCCGCCUGUGCAUCUGCCAUACGACUGUGAUUUGGGUCAGCUCAGUGGCGUGGAUGAGCCUGAUUCAACUGAUGAUGAUUCAGACAGCAAUUCAUCGGAACCACGAGGAAGCCCUCCUGAUCGUUGUGUUUGA